AUGGGUGCUGCUAUUUUUCUAACCAACAAGCAUUUUGAACCCCAGAAUUAUUCGUCUCAUCCUACCCCGGCAGUGAAUGGACACCCACAUAGGCAUUUCGUUCGAUCAACGGUGACAGGCGAUUUUGGCCUGAAGUCAACUAUCGACCAGGAUGGACGUGAUCAUGUGAAACCAACUCCUGUCCGACACAUUGUUGUUCAUCUGGAAGUUCCAGAGUCAGUGGUCUGGCGAUCUCGUAUUUCCGACAAGAAAAUAAGCAAAGUUGGACCAAACAGACUCUGCCGAAUGCUGAAGAACAAAUUGGGCCCAAACAUUGGCUGUACCGGCACAAAAUGGGAGACUGGGUUGUCAGAAGAGGAUUCAAGCACAACGGUUGAUUCGAAGUGGCUUCGAUCUCUUAUUCUGAACGAGUUGCCAUCCAUAGAGGAAUCAGGCAAUUCCCUCCCGGUCUCUACAAGAGAGCCGUUGACGGAAAUG